CAUCCACCUGGCGCGUUAGAGCGCACAUUGGCCUAAAACGAAAGCCAAACGGUGAUGUCUUGCAAAAAGAAAAGAGGAAUUCUUUUAAUUUUAUUGUUGGGUAUUAGUUAUUUUUAUACAUUCCAACGUUGCUGUGCAGUAAGUUUAGGUCAAAGGAAAGAUGCUUCAAGCGCCCAGAGAGCUCAAAAGUCGACCAGAAGGACAGAACAAGACAUCCACCGACAGCUGGGGCCGCUUCCGGCGGGCGGGCCGGUUACCGGACGACCCACGCGGCGUGAACCCAGACGAAUAGGCCACCCUGAGCUCCACCAGGCCCUCGCUGCCCCACCGAGGAAACCAAUUCACGCAGACGGGCCGGAAGUCGUUGAAUCUGAUGUCGGGCUGAACGGCUCGUCGUGGACCCUCGGUGAAGUCCUAACGGAGCGGAAGCCCCCACCGGCGCACCCGGAAGACGGAUAUCAAGCAGAUUUUACAGGUUUUUCUGAAAUCCAAGGGGAGGUUUUGGGCCUUUCCUCUGACUCCAGUCCACAUUUCUCUGAGUGGGAGGCCAUGAAGCCUGAGGUGGAGUGUGAUGACACCUUCAUGAUCUUCUCUGCCUCUGGUCAUGGAUUACUGCACUUGCUAGUGGACAGAAACGAAGCCACGCCCAUUUCCAUCUUUCAGUUGCCGGCUGACUGUGGUUACUCCGUCAGAACUUCGUGGCGUGAUCUGGAGAUGAUGGUGCCGUAUGAUGGAUGUUAUGUCAUUCAGGAGAAUGGCAGUUAUGUGCUGCCCAUGCAGUGGUUGAGCACCUCACUGAAGCUGUCGUGUCCAGUGAAGAUGUCCACAGCCGCCCCCAUGGUCUCCCUGUUCACCCCCUCGGUUUUCUGCUCCGCUUUUGGCAUGGCGGUACAGAUUCCUUGGCAGGAGCGUGAUCAGCCAGCGCUCGGUGUCGUAGUCGAUGGCGCUUGGGGCCCCUUUGUGUCAGACCUUUGUGCCUUUGAAGUUGACUCCCAACCUCAGGAGCUCACAUUCCUCAUCUCCCAAAGAGCGCCAUGUAUCACAGCUGACGACAGUCUGCGUCUGCAGCUGACGUUGGACGAUGAAGAAUACGUUCUUUCCUGCCCGGUCGGUCCUGAUUUUCCAUACUCCCCUUCUCCCCCUCCUCAGUUUCCAUUCAGCCCAGACUCCGUCAUUCCAGUUUCUACUUCCUCCCUUGCACCCACUUCUCUAACACCAAACCAGGCCCCGUCUGUCCAACUUUCUAACAACCAGCAGUCCUACUACCUCUAUGCUGGCCCCCAGAACCAUCAAUUACCCCAGGACUAUGCCUCUGGCCCCCAGUCUGUCAAUGCACACAACCCCAGAGUCGAUGGUCCUACUGGCCCCCAGCAGAAGUUGCAGUCUCCCUAUUUUGACAAGCAGCUGUUCUAUCCGCAUCCGUUUUUGUUGCAGGGUCCCAUUACCCAUCAAAUGUCUCCGGUUCCGGUAGGCCAGCAUCCCUACCCCUUUGUUUUCUAUCAUCCUGAUCCAUCAUUCUAUCAAUUGACCUCAGAUCCAGCAGGAGAGGCUCUCAAACCUCAAGUUUCUCAUCCUGAUGCAAAUCCACAGACUUAUCAUCCCGCAAUCACUGCGGCACCGGCGACCCAAGCCCCAGCUUUGUACCAUCCGCCCCCCUCUGGACCAAAGCAGUCUUUGGGUUCUAAACCUCAAACGAACAUAUUUUAUCCACAAGCUUCCUACUAUUCCCACCGGUCAGUUUCCCACACCGCUGCCCGUGUUGCCGCUUCACCCAACAGCCCAACAGCCAGCCCCUCCGACAGCGUCAGGUAUCCCCCCGCUCAGCUCUAUGCCCACAGUCCUUUCCACCCACACGCUCAUCAAUCCCCUGCUGGAGAAAGCCCUCAGAACCCAGCAGCUCCACGGAGGAUGUGCUUGUCCUCCAGUGAUCCUUCCUGCAGCUACCACUCCUAUCCUUAUUCCUCUCACCCCUUCUACCCACAACAGCCAUAUUCCUCUUCAUCCCACUAUCCUCAGACCCCUGUGGCAAAUCCUUCCACACCCCCAGCUCAGAACCGUCUACAGACCCCCCACCUGCAGUGUCUGACGGGCAGGAUGUUCGUCUUCCUGCCUUACGCUGACCCGCGAUCCAUCCACAUCUUAGAGCAUCAGAGGACAUGGAAGCUCCUGUCAGACAUGCCGUCUCACUGUGGGUUUGUGCUGCAGCAGAUCAGGGAUCACGGGGUUCUGCUCCACUCUCCUCUGCCUGCCUGUCACAGCUACUUCAGAACUCCCACCACCAUUUCUCUACCUGUACGUUUCUGGGAUGGUUCUGUUGGACAGAACAGGACCAUGGACCUCGAGUGUCCAUAUCAGAAGCCUUCUGAAAGUCCUGCGCCAGUUUCUUCUUCUGUCCCUGCUCCACACCAACCCACCAAGGACGAGGGCAGUCAGUCUGGAUUUGGGAAAUCAGAAGUCUUCUGUUCCUCCCAACAGAUGAAUAUAGCGCUCCCUGCUGGCCCCAUUUCAGAAAUAAUUGUUAAAGACGCCAGAGGAAAUCGGAUCACUCUCAAUGACCAAAAGGACUGUGGUUAUUAUAUAAACAAGGGCAAAGAUGGCAAAACCCAUCUGAUUUAUCAGUUACAUUCACAUUGUCAUCAGAGUGUGGAGGGUGAAAUGCAUGUCAUUAGUGUCAUCUACAUCACCGAAAAUGGACAAAAGGAGGCUCAGUUUUCCUGUCCGGUUGUGAUCCCGAGGUCCGGACAGGAGUGCAACCUUCACAGCGAAUACCGUCUCCCCUGUGGGUCUGGCUCCAUAACCCAGACACAGUGCCUCUCCAUGGGCUGCUGCUUCAACAAGCACCCCUUUGAGUGCUAUUACCCCAUGGAAGAGUGCACUAUUGACCGUCGCAUGGUCUUCUCUGUGCCCGCCUCCAUCACGGACCCCCCUCUGUCUCCUGCUCUGCUGGUCGCUGCCAACAACUCCACCUGCAAACCUCAGAAAGUGACCUCUGAGUACGCCCUGUUCAAUAUCCCCAUGGACGGCUGUGGGAUGCGCCGGAUGAUGGUGGGGAAAACACUGGUCUACAUGCUGGAGAUCACCAACAUGAUACAAGCAGUCAGCCUCAACUAUGGUACCAUCACGAGGGAGUCUCCCAUCAGGCUGUUCGUGGAGUGCAGGUACUCACCCGGAACAGUUCUUUCUGUGAGCUACGUGGUGAAAACGCCCUCUUUUGGCCCUGACGUUCAUACCCAGGGGGUGUUUGGAGUCCAGCUCAGGAUAUCUAAAGAUGCUCAGUACACGAGCUACCACCCACAGUAUCACCAGCCCCUGCGCAUGUUGCUGGGGAAACCUCUCCAUUUGGAAGUGCGGCUCCUCAACUCCCCAGAUCCCAGUUUGGUGCUGCUGGUGCACUUCUGCGUGGCCUACCCCCGCUCUGGAAAAGCUGUGUGGGUGCUGCUCUACAAUGGAUGUCCCAAUCCCUUGGACCCAUCCCCAUCAAAGACGGUCCUGUCUGGCCCUAAACCACCAACUCCUCAGAGUCAGACCCGUCGCUUCACCAUCACCACCUUCCAGUUCCUCCCUGCUGCCGAUUACAAGGACAUGGAUGAGGAGAUCUACUUCAUGUGUUCGACUGAAAUCUGCUCUCCGCAUGAAGGCCCCUGUGUUGAAGGAUGCUUUGGACGUUGAUGGUACAGAUCUAGACGGAAUACCGAUCAUAAACAGCCUGAGACUCGGUGGUAGCUCCACUUCCAUCUGACAGCAGGACCAUAUUUAAAUGAUGAUGUCUGAAUAAUUGACAUGGAGCAACUUCCUGUUUUUUAGACUUCAGUUGGAAUAUUGAGGUUAGAAGUUGGUUAACAUAUGGUGGGUUAUCGAAUACUUGUAACAGAUAUUUCAAAUGUCUGUUAACAAAAGGAUCUAUUUUUUUUCUGGUGAUCAAUCCCUCCUAUAACCAUUAAUAAAAUCUCUUACAUUAACACUGA